UUAAUCUUGUAGAAUCAAAGCUGUCUGGUUCUACACAUAAUGGUAACGACAUAAGAAGCAGCAAAAAUAUAAAAGUAUUUCAGACAAUCAAUUCACUAAAUGUAUUGAUUUAUCGAAAAUAAUUAAACAAGUGUUAAAACAAAGCUCAUUUGUUCUGCGAGGUCUUUUCAAGUAUAUAACAUCGUAGAAACAGUUGUGAAGCCAUCAGUUGAGUUCCACACUCAUAGUAAAUCGAAGCAAGCAGUUCGGAAAAUUUGGAAGAAACAUGAGCAGGAAUUUAUUUACACUCCUUUUCGGAGCUACGCUCUUAGUCGUCCUAAUAAUGAUGGCUGAAGCUCAGCCCGGUCCAGAAGUCCAAGGCUGGUGGCCCACAAGGCGACCAACUAGACCACCAACACGACCGACUAGACCUCCAACACGACCGACUAGACCACCAACACGACCGACUAGACCAACUUGGAGGACACCACCCACUUGGAGAACACCACCAACUCGACCGACUAGACCAACUUGGAGGACACCACCCACGUGGAGAACACUACCAACUCGACCGACUAGACCAACCUAUGGAACUUGGAGACCAACACGACCGACCUGGAGACCUACUCGUGGUCCCAGACCAGCAAGAGCAGUAACAACUGCAGCAAAAACUGCAGCAACAACUGCCGCACCACCUGCCUGCCCACGUAAGCCUCUCAGGUGUACCACCGCUGGUCCGUCAGUGUGUGUGCGCAGCCGAAAUGGAAAACUUUGUCGUCGCGUAGCUAACAAGUGCGUCUUACGUAACCUCAACUGUCAAUCAAAGCCACGCAACAAUUGGGUUAUUACUAAUCUGAAGGGAUGUUGCAAGCUUAAGGUAGGACAACGUCCUGUUAACUGCAGGAACCUAUAAGGAAACGAGUGCCGAACAAUCAUGCUUUAAAUUUUGGGAAUCGUUUAACUAAUUAAGAAAGUAUUUGGAAAUUUUAAAAGAUUUAGAGACAUUUGUUUAAAUAAAGUCAAAAAUUAUUCUUUCAAAAUAAUAUGUAUUUUACUCUUGUUUAUAAUGACGUGAAUUCUAACCUAUAUUUUUGGUAUAACUAUGGGUUCCGUAAAGUGACACUUAAAUUGAUAGGAGUAAAGCAGGGUUAUGUAUGAAAAAAACCAACUUUUAUAGUGGAAAUAUUCACUUAAAUUGGACUUAAUAAUUAAUUUUGAACUUUAUUGGUGACAACAAAAUUUUCUCGGUAGCUAUAGCAAAGAUUUCUGUGUGAAUGUUUGCCUUGAGUUCGUCAAUACUCCAGAGAUAAGAAGUCUGGGUUACCAGUAAAGAUCUCUU